UAUGUAUUAAACAAAUUAAUAGAUCGUCCUGCAAGAAGGAGGGGACGUGGCCCUGCCAGUAAUGUUAAUAUUGAAAAACGAAGGCGGGAUGCUGGCAAACCACUUGAAUUGCAACUUGAUCCAGCGACAGACAAAGUGGUUGGUACUGAGCACCAAGCUUUUGUUCGUCAAUUGAGUACUGAAGUUACAUUACUAUUGCCGGGACAUUAUUUAGAUUUUAAAGAUGUUCCUCAGCAAUAUAAAGACCAGGUCGUUCAAAAGAUGAAGUAUUACUAUAAUAUCGAUGGGCAUCCAGAACCUGAAAGAGUUAUGGGAACUCUGUAUACGGAGAUGCGCAAAAGAUAUUCAGAGAGAAAGAAUAUUAGGCAUUCUCAUUUCCAAAAAUAUUAUUCUGGAAAUCCGAAUGAUUUGGAUAGUGCUCUCAAUGCUAUUCCUGACUUGUGCUCGAAGGAGAGCUGGAAAGAAAUCGUCGAUUUGUUUCUGAGCCCAAAGUUUAUAGCGCGAUCCACGCAGAACAAGAAAAAUAGAAAGGAAAUGAAGUAUUUGUCGACGCAAGGCUCUAAAUCAAUGGCAGCGAUCCGUAACGAAUAUGAUGAACCUGAUGAGCAUGCUAUUGAUGCUUGGAAAGAUACUCAUAUAAAAAAAUCUACGAAGACUUGGGUUAGCGAAACUUGCAAAGAACUACAUGAACAAAUGACCCAAGAGAUGGAGAGGCAAAAUAUUCAAAGUAGUCGGUCAGGUUCUGAAUCUGCUUCUAGUGAAGGUUCUAUUGCUAAAUCAAUACAGUAUCAGGUUAUGGAUAAAAUUCUUGGCUCGAGGUCUGAUUAUCAAAUAGGAGUGGGAUACAGGCCUAAAGGCAAAGGGAAGAAAUCAGCAUCUAGCUCCACAAGUCAAAGUCCAAGCCAAAAUCAGUCACAAGUUCCUACUAAUGUGACUCCAGAGAUGAUGGGAGUUUUGGCUGAGAUGUGGGUUAAGAUGCGUGAUAAAGUCGAGUCUGGAAAUUUUCAGACUGAUUCUUCUCUCCAUGACCCACGCUAUGAAAGUUUAUUGCAGCAGUUCUUACCUUCUCAACAACAAGGUAGUACGUCUAAUCAAAGCCCGGGGACGUCGUCGAUGCCACAGCAACCACAACACAAUUCUCCAAACAUAUCUGGUGGUUCCUCUCAGUCGCCACUUUUUAAUUAUAUGUUUGGACUUUCUUCCCAGUUUCCUCAGACACAACCUAUGGGAAGUCAGUUUGGAGGAUUACCGCAGCAGCAGCAACAACAACAACAACAUAUGUAUGGUCAAUUUGGGCCGUUUAUGCAGCAGCAGCCGGUAUAUCCUCAUUAUGGAGGAUCGACACAGCAACCCGUUUAUAAUCAGCAGUACUACACUUCUCCGAAUCAACAACAACAGCAGUCUCCUUUGAUUCGUCCACAGCCUCGACCAUAUUAUCCUUCGCCGCCAGCACCACAGUCUCAUGAAGGUCUGAGUCGAAGCACGAAUAUUGAAGAUUUUUUAAAUGAACAUUUUGAUGAAGACAAUAAUAAUUAGUUUAGGUUUUAUUAUUUACUAUUAAAUUUAAGUGUAUGUUUUUUUUUUUUGAAAAGACAAUUUUAGUAUUUUAAAGUUGUAUUUUUAAUUUGGUUAUUAA